UGGUUCCCUUAGCCCCUCCCCUUCUCCCUCUCUCUGUCUCGCUCUCGCGCGCUCUCCAUCAAUGGCUUCGUCUUGCUUUUCACCUCUAUCUUUGGCCCUCUCUUCGUCCCCAAUUCCCAAGAGUUCCGUCAAAAGAAGGCAAUGGAAGCCUAUCAUCAAAGCCCUAAAGGAAUGGCGCGAGUAUGAGGACGCCGUACGAGAUAAGGACCUUGCUCGGGCUCUACGUUUUUUGAAAUCCAUGGAAGCACUCCAGCUCCAAUCUUCUCCUUCUCCUUCUCGUCCUUCAUCUGUGAAUUCGGUCACUACUUACUCGCCGGGGUUUGCUGGAUCGGAGAGGGAUUGGGAGGUGCUCGACACCUGCUUGAAUGCGGAUGAUAUGAGGCUUGUUGGGAGUGCUUAUUCUUUCCUCCAGGAUCGUGGAUUCUUGCCCAAUUUUGGCAAAUGCAAGAACAUUGUGAUAGAUGGAACAAGAAAUGUCACUCCAACUGUUUUGAAAAAAUCAACUGGUUUGGAAGCAUCUAAGCUGUCUCCAGAGAAGUGGGGUCUUUCUGGAAGCUCUAGGGCCGUACUGAUUGCAUUCCUUGGAGGUGUAUCUUUUCUGCUUUCUCAAGGAAUAGACAUCCGACCUAAUUUGGCAGUCAUAUUAACAUUAGCAACAGUAGAUGCAAUUUUUCUUGGUGGUAGUUGUCUUGCUCAAAUUUCAUGUAUUUGGCCUCCUUACAGAAGACGAGUGCUUGUCCAUGAAGCUGGGCAUCUUCUCACUGCAUAUCUAAUGGGUUGCCCAAUACGCGGUGUUAUAUUGGAUCCAAUUGUGGCGAUGCAGAUGGGCAUUCAGGGCCAGGCUGGAACACAGUUUUGGGAUGAGAAGUUGGAGAAUGAACUUGCCGAGGGCCGUCUUAGUGGUACAGCUUUUGACAGUGCAAUACAUAGGUACUGCAUCGUACUUUUUGCUGGAAUUGCAGCUGAGGCUCUUGUUUAUGGAGAGGCCGAAGGUGGAGAAAAUGAUGAAAAUUUAUUCCGAAGUAUCUGUCUUCUGUUACAACCUCCAUUAUCUGUUGCAGAGAUGUCGAAUCAGGCGAGGUGGUCAGUUCUUCAGUCCUACAAUCUUCUAAAAUGGCAUAAACAAGCACAUAAAGCUGCUGUUAAAGCCUUAGAGAGCGGUCAUAGCCUUAGCAUUGUCAUAAGGAGGAUUGAAGAAGCAUUGCUUUCUUCUAGUUGACAAUCAGAGACAUUAAAUCAAUUACAUCAGUGAUGUUUUGAAUGCAAGCAUCUUUUAAAGCUUCAGUUCCUCAUGCACUCUGCAUAAGAGGCUAAGGUUUGAGGAACAUGGAAUCUGGCGAUGAGAAUCAGUAAGCUGAAGUCAUUGCUCACACUUGAGACUCAAAGUUGUUAGCAAAAAGAUGAGUUAGUGAAAUCAGAGAACAAAGAAAAGGCAGGCAUGCAAUUUGCUCAUCAAGCCUCACUUUCUUGUUUUAUUGUUAAAACAAUAGAUUUUCAGAGGUAUUUGUAUAGAUAUACAUACUCAAAAAGCACCAGAGAAUCUGCUCAUUUUA